AAGCUGAUAAACCAGAUGAACUAAUGAAUAAACCAGAACCUAAGCCAGAUUAUGAUUUAAUUUUUAAUAUCAUAGAAAAAGAAAUUAAAUCAUUCACUAGAACUGAAGCUAUUAAACUGUUAAAUACUAAAAAAGAAUUUGACAAAAUUGCUAAAAAAAUUAAAAAUAAAAAAGAUGUUUUAAAAUUAGAUACUGAUAUCAAAGAUGAAAUAGAUUUUGAAAUAGAAUAUGUCACAGAAAACCAGAAGAAAGAACUUUACAAAUUACAUGAAAACAAAAUUCAAGAAUUGAAAGGAACUAAAAAAUUUAAUAAAUUAUUAAAAAAUAUUAAAGAUGAAUUCUUUAUUGGAAACUUGCUUGAUGAUAAAUUACAUGAUUCAUUAAUCAAGGUUUCUGGAUUAACAGAAGAACAAAAAAAUAUACUACAACAAGCACGUAAAGAUCAAUUAAUCACA